UCUAAGCUUUGUCUUUGUUUUAUGUUCCUAUAAAUGGGUGAUCUGUAUUGGGCUCUCUAUUGGGCUUACUCUACUGGGCUUCUUCAACAUUAUGGACGGCGACGUUUACUAUACCGAUGCCAAAUUCUAGGAAUCUCAGGUCUUCUCGUCUUUCGUCUCUCUCCCUCCCCUCCUGCUCUCUCUCUCGCUUUCCUUAAAAGAUUCAGAUCGCUAGCCGGCCGUGCAUCUAAUUCGCUGCCGUUUUUGCUCAUCUUCCCAACAGUUAAGAUCUCAAGAAUGAACAAAACCGCACGAAUCGAUAUCCCCUCAUCGUCGUCUUCUCCAGCUCCAGCUUCAGCAGCAGAUGGUGAGCUCAACGAAGACGACAUCUUCUCAAUAGACAUAUCUCACGCGCCUAAACACUCUCCAUCCUCUUCUCCCUCUCAACAUCCACCUGCCCGCCAGCUUCAACGAACCAAAAGCGGUUUGAAGAACGUUGAAGCUUCUGGUAUCCUCGCUGCUCUUCCCGAGCCUUCUGGGAACAGUUACCUCAACCAUGUCUUCCACCACAAGCCUGCGGCUGCCCUCUCCACUUCCGUCUCCUCCACAGCCUCUUCCACGUCUUCUUCGUCUUCGGCUCGAAUCAUCCCUUCGGCUCCUAAACCUCCUCAAGAGAGGGUUCCCUUCACAGCUUCUUCUCUAGGGAAGUAUCCUCAGUCAGCUCCUCUUCAAGUGCCGUUAGCGAUGAGGAGUCGUCAUAAGAAGGAGUUCAAGCUGACUGAUGUGGUGGUGGACGAGGAGGAAGAAGAGGAUGAAGGUGAAAGGCUUCCCCCACACGAGAUUGUGGCUCGGUCUUUGGCGCAGUCUUCGUUGCUGUCUUGUUCUGUGCUUGAAGGAGCAGGAAGAACACUCAAAGGGAGAGAUCUCAGACAGGUGAGGAACGCUGUUUUCAGAAAAACCGGUUUCAUAGAUUGAGUUUUUGCUUUUUUUUUUCUCAAUUCAAAAGAAACACAUUCUUUAAUUUGUUAUUUGGUCACAGAAACAUUUCACUGUAUUAUGUUCAUAUAUGUUGUCUACAUUAGACGAUCUGUUGUUACUUCAUAUCAAAUAGAUUUGAUGUGAUUGAACAUGUGUUCUGUACGUGUUGUUUCAUGCUUCACAUGUUGAUGAGACAGAGUUGUUUUGAGUUUCACAUUUAUUCGAUCUUUAGUGAAGUUCUUACAUUGGA